AUGGCGAGAAGCAGUGCCCAUUCGGCCUCCGUCCUUCAUGACAUCCAUCAAAGACAGCGAGCCGAUGGCCCCGCGGCCAUGCUGGGCAUCGGCACGGCAAACCCGACGAACUGCGUGCUACAAGACCAGUUCGCCGACUGGUUCUUCCGCGUCACCAAGAGCGAGCACCUCGCCGAGCUCAAGGCCAAGACGAAGAAGAUUUGUGACAAAUCAGGCAUCACGAAGCGCUAUUUCUACCACACCGAGGAGAUCAUCAGCGGCCACCCGGAGUUGAUCGACGGCGCGCUGCCGACGCUUCGCCCAAGCUCGCAGCGGAGGCAGCAACAAAGGGCGAUCGCGGACUGGGGCCGGCCGGCGGCCGGCAUCACGCACCUCGUGGUGGCCACCAACUCCGGCGCCAGCGAACCUGGCGCCGACCUGCGCCUUGCGGGGCUGCUGGGCCUCCGCCCGACCGUGCGCCGCACCCUGCUGUACCUCCACGGCUGCUCCGCCGGUCUCGUCGCGCUCCGCGUCGCCAAGGACAUCGCUGAGAACAACCGCGGCGCCCGCGUGCUCGUGGCCUGUGCUCAGGCCGAACUCUUGUUGUUCUGCCCCCCGGACGAAUCCCGCCUCGACGUUGUCAUCGCCAUGACCCUGUUCAGCGACGGCGCUGGCGCUGUCAUCGUCGGCGCCGACCCGGCAAGCAGCCCCAUGGCCAUGGAGCGCCCCAUCUUCCACAUGGUAUCUGCCUCGCAGACGACGUUGCCCGGCACAGACCAGGCAGUGGUAAUGAAUCUCAGAGAGAACGGCCUCCUCGACAGUCACUUGUCCGUCGAGGUGCCCACACUUGUCCAAGGCAGCAUAAACAAGUGCUUAGCUGACACGCUGGCACCACUAGGCCUCUUGAACGCGAGCGACGGUGGCUGGAAUGGGCUCUUCUGGGCGCUGCACCCAGGCGGCCAUGCGAUCUUGGACAGCUACGAAGCCGCUCUCGGUCUGGAGCCGGGGAAGCUUGCGGCCAGCCGGCACGUGCUAAGUGAGUACGGCAACAUGAUGGGCGCGACGAUCAUCUUUGUUCUCGACGAGAUACGGCGGCGCCGCCGCCGCUGCCACGAUGAUAGGAAGGAUUGCCAGUGGGGUGUCAUGUCGGGGCUCGGCCCCGGACUCACAAUCGAGACAAUUGUGUUGCAUGUCACCGACAGCCAGGACGAAAACUAG